CCCCCACCCCCCCUCCUCCUCUCUUUCCUCGGUCCCCGCGCCAACUCGCCGCAACAUGGCCGAACCGCGACGAGUGUCCCUGACUACGCUCCCCGUCUCGGCUCCUCUCCUGAAGAAAAAGAAAGAAGACGACGAGGAGGAGGAGGAGGAGGAGGUGGUGACGGUGACGGCGACGGCGGCGGCCGCCACGGCCACGGCCACAGUGGUGCUGGUGAAGGGGGAAAUAUCGGCCGUCACGUCGCGCCACACGCUGGCUCUCUUUGAGUCGAGCGAGAAGAGUUGCCCCGAGUUUUUUUACCCCGAGUUGAUGCGAGUGCGGAAGAAAGAUGCAGCUAAACGUUUUGAUGCUCCAUUUAAUGUUGACAAAAGGGAAGAAGAAAUUGAGACUUUGGCUAAAAAGUUUGAAGAAAAAUAUGGCCCAAAGAAGCGGAGGAAGGAUCGUAUCCAAGAUCUUAUCGACAUGGGUUAUGGAUAUGAUGAAACUGACCCAUUUAUAGAUAACUCAGAAGCUUACGAUGAACUUGUUCCAGCCUCGUUGACCACCAAGCUGGGUGGUUUUUACAUCAAUAGUGGAACAUUGCAGUUCCGUCAAGCAUCUGAAUCAGAUGGGGAUGAAGAUUUUGUAAAGGACAAGAAAAAGACAAAGUCUCCAAAGAAACGAAAAUUAAAAGAAAGUAAUGAAAAGAUGAAGAAGAGGAGAAAAGAAGAUGGACAUGAGAAAGAGAAGAAAUCUCAAAAAUCAAAAAUUUCCAAACAGGCUGGGUUUAUGCCGCUGAAUGUCCAUAAAGAAGAUAAAAAGAAAAAGAAGAAGUACAUGGGAGCUUUAGGUGUGAGAGAGAUGUUAAAAAAAUUUGAGAAGGAGAAAGAAGCCUUGAAGAAACGAGAGGACCAGAAGAGCUUGCCCAUCUCACAAACUAUGGCUGGCACCCCUCUCGAAACUGAUAACAGCUCAAUAAACAUUAAUGUUUCGGACCCUCUACUUUCACUUAUUGGAUCUGCUAAUGAGAGUGAUCUUCUGAAAGUGGCCAGCACCGUGGACCUAGAAAUAGAUUUAGAACGUCUUCUGAAUGACUCUCCCCCAGGGAGCCCCCUUAAUGAUUUUGACGACGGCAGUGAUCCUCUGCCUGUACUCCAGUACUCAGCCAUGGGACAAACAUCAAAGCAGGUUCCUACGUUGCCUGAAGGACUUCCAGCACUACUAGAAAAAUGUAUUAAAGAACUGACACAGGCUGCCAAAGCCUCAGAAGGAGAGGGGAAGCAGAAAUUCUUCACACAAGAUGUCAAUAAUAUUCUGUUAAAUAUUGAACUACAGUCCCGCGAAUUGAAUAGUCAGGCCCGUUCUGGGGUUUACGCCCACCUGGCAUCCUUCUUACCGUGUAGCAAGGACACACUGGUCAAAAGGGCAAAGAAACUACACAUGAAUGAGCAGACUGGGGCAAAAUGGCUGGUAAAGACAGGUGAAUGCUUUAUGCAGGAUGGCCGGCUGAAGGAGCCAAUACAUAAAUUAAAAGAAGCAAUUGGUAAAGCAAUGCCAAAUCAGAUGGCAAAAUAUCAAGAUGACUGCCAGGCUCAUAGCCAAGCCAAAAUUGCCAAGAUGAUGGGAGAAGAUAAGGACCAGAAAGAGAGAAUGUUCUCAGAUGAUGAUGAUGAUGAAGACAAAUUGGGAAGAAGAAUUGUGGGACCUCGUAAAAAGUUUCACUGGAAUGAUGAGAUCAGAGACUUGCUGUGCAGUGUGGUAAGGACAAAAAUGGCUUGCUAUGAGCAGGAGAGAAACAAGUCCCAGAUUGCAGAGGACUACCUAAAGGCUUUUCUUGAAUCAGAAGUCAAACCACUCUGGCCUAAAGGAUGGAUGCAAGCAAGAACAUUAUUUAAAGAAAGCAGGAAGGUACAUGCUCAUGUCACCUCAAUACCAACAAAGAAGAAAGUCAUUGCUGCCCCAAAGACUAAAAUGAAGGAUCAGAUGCUCAAGACUGAACGAAAAUUGCAGCAAACAAGUACCCCAGUUCAUUGCAGUAACGCUGGUUCCAUCGUGCAGGGAUCAUGCACUCCACCUGUCACUCCAAUAAAUGUGUCAGUUUCCUCCAAUGCUGCUCAGAGUUCCAGUAAUACGACAACCCCUCAGUCAUUCAGUUUAGACGAUUCUCUUGAUGAGGAUCUACCCAACAACCAGCCUUCUCUGGAAGAUGUGUCUGUCGCAUUAGCUGCCCUCAAUGAUGCUGCAGGAGGCACCAAGAGCUUCAGUUCUUUAGUGUCAAAUUCAUUGAGUGAUCAGGUAACGGUGGCGGUGUCAUCAGAAGAAAAGAAACAUGUACAAAAAGUUCCGACUCCCUCUUCUGCUCCAUCACCUGCUGCUCAGUCACAUUCACCUCUCAAUCUUUUAGCUGAGCAGGCUUUAGCUUUGGGACAGUUGUCACAGGAAAGGACUUCAGAAAGUGCCACUAGUCUUAUCACUGCCUUUAAAAACCAUUCUUCAGCAAAUAGCAAAGGUUUCAUGGAGACUCUCCAAAGCAAGCCGAAGCAUCUUGGUGUGCAACGUACUUCGCAGCCCCAAGUUCAAAACCAGGUGUCAACGCAGGCUGCAAAACAGUACCAUCAGACCACCUCCCAUCAGAAAAACUUCAUGUCACCACCAUCUUUUAGCAUAAGCAAACUGCAAAGCAGCUCUCAGACUAAAGCUCCUAGUCAAUUGCAACAUCGGCCAUUAAUUCAGCACCUAAAAACUUCAACAAAGACUCAGAAUUUUCAUUCUGUCUCGUCAUCUUUGGCAAGUAAUAUGCAGACUUCUCCCAGCCCUCAAAGAACGCUUGGCACUUCAGUUACUUCUGCCAGUUGUACAGCAAAACAUACCAACUCUCAGAGCUCUGCAAAUCAGACUUUCAAGUCUCCAAUGACUGUUGUCACAGCAACUAAGCAUUCUACCCCUUCCAGUAAUCCUAUUCAGAAUAUAUCAAGUAUUCAAACCUCCAUGUCCAGUUGUACUCAUUUAAAUAGACAGUCUCCAUCUCCUGGACAAGCAUUAAAUCGGCAGUCACCUAAUAUAAAUGUAAAGAAGCCUUCCAUUUCUCAGAAACUUACUCUAGUGGCCCCUCCGGGUGGUAGUAAUGGAGAUUCAAGUAGUGGGACGCAGGGUGUAGCUAAACUACUAACUUCUUCUCUUAAAUCUUCAGCUGUUAAUAGUUCCACAGCUACAGGAGCAAUGCUGCUCUACAAUCCUCCAAGAUAUCUGCACUAUAAUUCUGACCUCCUGCACAUCUCCGAUUUUGAUGGCUCCACCAUUAGUGGUUUUACCUUCAGCUGUGGAGGCCCUAAUUUCUGGAAUUUGUUAAAGUCUCUACAGGCCACUACAGGAACAGCGUUACUUGCCAGCUCUCCAUCUUUGAGUCUUCUGUCACCCUCCUUUAAUACAGCAAACCAGAAAAUAACUUCAGCAACCCUGAGCCAAGCCUCACUCGGGAUGAUGCCAGGCAUUGUUCCUAUGCACUUUACAUUUCCCACGGUUUUAACAUUAGGCUCAGACUCUACACCAAAAUCUGCUGUAUCAACAGAUGCAAUAGUCACAGGACCUGCCCCAGGGACAUUCCACCAUGGCCUUGCACAUAGUAUUUUUGCUGGCUUACACACAACCCCUCACCAUGCAGUGCAGCUUCCACAUGCAGUUUUGCCCACCCACUUACAGCAGUCUCUCCAAGACAGCAACAAAAUCCAUGGGGAGACUUCCAGCAUGCAGCGCAAAAUGCAGUGAGCUCUUCCACAAAUCACAGUUGAAUGAAGCUAAUGUUGUGGUGGUGCUGCAGCAAAAACGGAGGGAACAGCCCAGCUGUAGGAGCUGCUAGGCUAGAUGGCCUACUCUGCAUUUGCUCUUGUUUACGGAUUACUUGCACCCAUUUAUUUGGGUGCAAGCACGCUAGUUGAAAUCUGCUGCGUACCUUUGAGACUGACAAAUGGAAAGGGCUUGCUUCAAUGGCAAAGCUACCGGGGCCAAGUGGAUAGCUGGAGGACUUCAAGUUGGUCUGGUGUAUGCUUAGAUUCAAAGUGUAUAGAAAAGUAUCUUCCACUGAAUGCCUAUGCAAGAACAUUUUUAAUAUUGACAUGGUAGCGAUGGUCAUUAGAGCAAAAUUUUAUGCAGUGCAUUCCAGAGAUUUAAGGCAGCUAGAGUGUUUAGGUUUGUUUCUGUAUUCUGUUCUAACCAUUAAAUCCUGUGUUCAGCAGUGGGCUUAAUUAAAGCUUUUAUAUUUUCUUCAGGCAACAACUUGGAAUGUGUGCAGAUAGAGCAGCAUUAUCUGAAACAUAGGCACAUGAUGAUGGUGGUGGGGGGGUGGACCUACCUAGUGGACUCUCUGACACUCUCUGUGUGGAGGUGGGGUGAAUUCAAACCAGUACAGGUUUCAAGAUAAGCAGGAUAGAAAUGUGCAGCUCUGUUUGGCACAGUUAAGCUCUACUAGAGCUUUCUAUUUUUUAAAAAUGUCCAAGUUCCAAUUACUGUAGAGUUCUUCAGAGCACUAUGCAUUGGAUAAAUUAAAAAGAAAAAAAAAAUAAGUUAAAUUGCUAUUUAUUGCCUGUAAUGGUGAAUUGUUUAAGGAGCAUUUAUACAUUGUGGUGUUGUGCUCUAUUGGUGCACUGUGAACAGGACCACAACUCCUGAGGCACUAUUGUGAUCUUCUUGUGCUUGUAGAAGAGAUGUGUAUCUAGCACAAGAGAAUGUGGAAUAUAACAAAUCAGAACUGUGAUGAAUUAAUUAGCGAUUCAAGGGAAAAGACUAGAAUUGAAGAAUUUGCUUUAGGUACCUGUAUCAACCACCUCAGUUGCAACUUGGUAGCGACUAGUACUGAUCAGCUUGGCCUGGUGUCCAGCAGUAAAAAAAAAGAAAGCCAUUAAUCUCAGUCAUGUACUCUUACAGCUCCUUAUGUUAUUGUAAACCCAGGAAUGAAGGUGGGAUCAUGGCCUUUGGGUUUGGCCCCUAAAAUAUUAUCACUUAGUUGUUCAUAAUGAUGAAUAUAUACCAGUAUUGUAAAAGAUACUGGUAGUAAGAGUAAUACAAUUGCAGUGCCUUUCCUUGUAGUGGAGAUGAUGGAAAGUACGUGCUGAGAUUUCAUGUAUCCCUGUACGACACUAACCUUAUUUAUAUUUUAAAAGAAAAGGAAAAAUAAACUACAGGAUUUGGGAAGUGAUUUUUUUUUUUUUUAAAUUCACCUGUAGUUCAUAAUUUGGCACAAUCUAGUUGAUUAUUGAGAACCAUGUCGGCAGAGAAGCCAAAGAUUUUUUUCAUGCAAGAUGACGUAAGCUUGUGGUACAUGGUCACGGGCUGAUGGUUUGAAAGUUGUUUUUUUUUUGACAUUUUCACAAGAUUUUUAAACAAAAUGACAUUUCAUUUCUGGAGUGCUCCAGUCAUAUUUGAUACUAUGGAUGACUCACAGGUAUGAUAAAUGUUCUACAGAAACUCAGGACUUGAAAAUUGCUGGAUCUGAAUUUGUGUUAAUGAAGUUUAGCUCUACUUGAAAUUGUAUAAUCAUUCUUGAACUCUGUAAAUUGUGAUGUGCUAGUAAGUUCAAUUUGUUUUAAUUAAAAUAGAUAUUACUUUGAAUGAUGGUGCUUCAUUGUAUAUUGUUUUAUUCGAGACUUGUGUAUGUAUUUGCUGCAGAACAAAAAGUUGGUUGUUUCUGUUGCACACGGACAUGUCAAUAAACUAGAAAAUUUUGGAGAAAA